CGGCCGGGAGGGCCCAUCGCCUCCGGAGCCUGCGCCGUCCCAGGGGCGCGCGGCGGACCUCGGCGGCCGGGUGCGGGCGCGCGCCGCCGGCAGCUGCGCGGGGGCCACGCUGCCUCUCGUGGUCUCCCCGGGCUUGGGGGGGGCUGGAGCGGGGGAGGUCCUCUGAUGUGCCCCAUCUUUCCGCGGCAGGAUGAUGCAGCGGCGCUGCGGACACCUCCUGGCGCAGCUGGAGCGGGUGCUGCGACUGCUGGAGCUCAGCAGCAGCGUCGAGGAAGACUACAUCCAGAUCGCCCGGUGCUUCGAGGCGACGCGCAAGAAAUGCUGCCGCCUGGAGCAGGACGGGCGCAGGGCCCGGGAGCAGCUGGCCCGUGCCGAGGCCGAGCGGGCAGCACUGGAGGUGAAGCUCAAGCACGCUCGCAACCAGGUGGAGGUGGAGAUGAAGAAACGGCACCGGGCAGAGGCUGAGCUGGAGAAACAGGAGCGCAAACUUCAGCUGAUCUUCGAGUUCCUGAUGCAGGAGCCGUUGGGCAGCGCUGUCCUGACAGGCGAGCAGCGCUCUGUCCUCAGCGCCCUGGCGGGCCGACGCCUUGGAGGGGCCCUGGCACCGGGGAGAAGGUCAUCAGCGGUGGAUGAGUCGUGCCACUCUCUGCUGUCCCACUCGGACAUCAGCUACGACCGCACUGAAGACGAUGUGGAUGUUGAUAUGGCGGUGGUGAAGACCCUGAAGCGCAAAGCUCAGGAGAGGCAGUGUGUGUCCCUGGCCCCUCAGAUUGGCCCCGUGGUAGCGGCAAAGCGGCACCGUCCUUCCGUGGCACCCCCCAAUGCUGCGAGCAUCCCUCCCACACCACUUCCUGCUGAGGUGCCGGGCCCCGCCAGCAGCCUCCCGCACACCGCCCUGGUGCCACCACGCCGCUCUCGCCAGGGACACCGCCUGUCCACGUGCGCAGAGCUGACCACGGUGUGGGGCACCAGUGGGGACCAGGGCUGCUGCGCCCCGGCACGGGAGAGUCACACCGAGGACAGCUCUGUGGGGCAGCCAGCGCCAGCCCCAUUGCCCUCACCUCCCCGGGGCCUCCCACCGCUCCAGCAUCAGUUCACCUCCAAAACGAUCAUCCGCCCCGAGCCGUGCGCUGCCUGCGGCUCCCGCAUCCGCUUUGGGAAGGCCGCCUGCAAGUGCCGCCGGUGCCAGCUGCUGGUGCAUGCCAAGUGCCAGGAGCAGUGCCCCGGGCCCUGCAUGCCUCGGCCCCUCCAGCGCGCCCGGCCCCGCCAGGGAGUGCUGGCUGACCUGGCGCCCCCCGCGCCUCCCCGGGUGCCGGCCCUGGUGGCGCAGUGCGUGGCCGAGGUGGAGAGGAGAGGCCUGACGGAGAUGGGGCUGUAUCGGGUGCCGGGUGCGGAGCAGCUGGUGCGGCAGUGGAAGCGGAGGCUGCUGCACACCGGGGGUGCCCCGGCCGGCCUGGGCGGCGUGGCCGACGUCCACGUGGUGUGCGGCGUGCUCAAGGACUUCCUGCGGGGCCUCGAGGAGCCGCUGCUCACCUUCGGCCUGCGUCCGGCCUUCCUGCAGGCUGCUGACCUCCCGGAUGAGGCCAUCUGUGGUGCGGCCCUGCGCCACGCUGUGAGCAAGCUGCCCCCCGCCAACAGGGACACCCUGGCCUUCCUCAUGCUGCACCUGCUCAGGGUGUCCCGCAGCCCCGACUGCAGGAUGGAUGUGCUGAACCUGUCGCGCGUGUUUGGGCCCACGCUGGUGGGAUAUGGCUCGGCCAACCCGACGCCGCUUGCUAUCAUGGAGGACACGCCGCGGCAGUGCAAGGUGGUGGCUCGGCUCCUCUCACUGCCACCCGACUUCUGGAGAUGCUUCGUGGAGGUGGAGCAGGAGAACCUGGUGCUGUCGCCGGCCAGCCCCCUGGCCCCAGGCAGCAAACAUGAGCAGCUCCUCUGCCCCCUUGCCUCCCCAGAGCCCAACUCCAGCCAGCUCAGCCCUGCUGGGACCUGCUGCUUCCCCAGCACGCUGCGGAGCUGCGUGGGCACGGCCGCUCUGCCGCCGCAGGGCCCUGCCCCGAGGAGUGUGGGUCGGUUCUUCCCUUCCCUGGUGUAGCUGUUGGCGGCUGCUCCCCAGGGGGAUGGAGCAGCGAUGGAGGAGGAGCGAAGCCUGUGGGACCAGGCAGCUGCCCUGGGCCUACUCAAGAGCCUGUGGGCCCAUGGUGCUGGGUGGCGGCAACGGUGCUGAGCUCAGGCCCUGCUCUGCUUUUCUGGGUGCUCCCCCAGCCUCAUGCCUGGGGUGGGGGAGCAGGGCCUGGUGCUCUGUGUAGCCAGGGUUGGUGGGUACUGGCUGAGUGCUGUACUUCCAGGCUGGCUUGUAUUAAAUGCUUGCAGCAAAAGAG